AUGGAGGCAGUACUUGAAGUACUUGAACACGAGCAUCCAAUAAAGCUCGUUGAUUUGCAGCUACAUUAUGAAGAAGAAGACGAUGAUGAUGCCGAUGAUGCUAAAGAGGAGGAGGGUGAUGAUCUAAUUACAAAAGAGAGCUUUCGAGGUGCAUGUGACAGGUGUGGUGAAGAAAUCAAUGUGUACCACAGGUACUACUACAAAUGUAUGGCAGAUUCGUCAUAUGAUUUCUCACUUCACAAAUUUUGUGGUGAGCUCCCAGCAUGUUUGGAGAGCGCAUUUCACCGACAUCCUCUUACCAUGUUUAUGCUUCGUUAUAAUUGGUCAUGCGCUAUUUGUCACAAGAAGAUCAAAAAGCUAAACAUGAUCCCAGAUGCAGAGUAUGCGGUCAUUCUUUUUAUGAUAGGGAGAAUCUUUGGAUUUACAAAUGUGAUAAAUGCAUGUACUAUAUCCAUAUGGAUUGUACAACAUUAUGUACCGGCGCUGGCAGAACCAACAAAAACUACAAAGAUGUUGAUCAUCCUUAUCUUGUCCAUCUCCCAUUCCCUGAUGAAACAUACAGCAUACCGAAACACUUGUUUCUCCAAGAAACAGGAACAAGCAAUCAUAAGGUGUGCUGAUCAGAGUUGCAAUGGCUUUGCUCUCCAUGAGUGGUGCACUCGACUCCCCUUAGAAAAAGAAAACCACCCGGCCCACCCACAACAUAACCUCUAUCUCAUCUAUUCAAAUGACCUUCCUUUCUUUUUGGGUGUGUUUGAGUGUGCUGUUUGUGAUCUACCUUGCAAUGGAUUUGCGUAUGGUUGUGUUCGAUGCAAAUACUAUGUUGAUGUUACAUGUGGGCUUAUACCUAAACAAAUCACACACAAAGCUCACCCAAAUCACCUUCUUUCAAUAGCUCAAGUAGAAGUUACAAAUACUUCUUGUCUUAUAUGUCUCAAUGUUGAGGAGGGACGUGGACUUUCAUUCUGUUGCAACACAUGCAAUAUUUAUAUACAUUCCAAAUGUGCUCUGUUAUUAACCGAGACAAUAAGACACAAGUAUGACAAGAAGCAUCCCAUGCACCUCAGUUACUUUCCGAUUGAGAACCAUAAGAGCCAAUACUUUUGUGAAAUCUGUGAGGAGGAUUUGAAUCCUCAUCAAUCUUUCUAUCAUUGUCAAGAUUGUAUUCAGUCGAUACAUACUGCAUGUGCUCCGUUAAUACUUCAGAGCGAGACUCAUACCUAUAUCACUAAUCAGAGAAGCAUUUAUGAAUUUGUGAAUAUAAAGUUCGGAUUCACUCUUAACCUUUUUCGUCUUCACAAACACCCUCUCUUAUUUGCUCAAGGUAUCAAGUCGGAUGGUGAAUGUUCUUGGUGGGGGUGUCGUCUGGGAUUACAAUAUAGGAUGAUCUUUAAAUGCCUAAAGUGUAACUUUGUAAUUCAUUACGAAUGUUGUGAGAGAAAAGUAAAUAUGAAGUUUUUGGUUUCUCAUCCACAUGUUUGA